AUUCAGAAAAUUGCUGAAGUUGUGGAGGCUUCUAUUGAAGAUUAUGAGGAAGGCAUGAAAGCUUGCAGUGAAGCCGCAAAGUUAUGGAUACAGGUUCCUGCCCCAAAGAGAGGUGAUAUUGUAAGACAAAUAGGUGACGCGUUGAGAGAAAAACUCCACCAACUUGGUCGCCUUGUUUCACUUGAAAUGGGAAAAAUUCUUCCUGAAGGCCUUGGCGAAGUUCAGGAAAUUAUCGACAUGUGUGACUUUUCUGUGGGAUUAAGUCGGCAACUGAAUGGAUCAGUAAUACCUUCGGAACGUCCAAAUCAUAUGAUGUUAGAGUGUGACCAAAGGGAUCAGUUUAUUACAUCUGGUAAAGGAUGGAAUGCUUGUAUUGCACUGGUUUGUGGCAACUGUGUUGUUUGGAAAGGUGCUCCAACCACUCCACUGAUAACUGUUGCUAUGACAAAGUUAGUUGCUGGAGUUUUAGAGAAGAACAACUUGCCGGGUGCCAUUUUUACAUCUUUCUGUGGUGGUGCUGAAAUUGGUCAAGCAAUUUCAAGAGAUACACGUAUUCCUCUGGUUUCCUUUACUGGAAGUUCAAAGGUGGGCUUAAUGGUGCAACAAACGGUGAAUGCAAGAUAUGGCAAAUGUUUGCUUGAAUUAAGUGGAAACAAUGCUAUCGUUGUCAUGGAUGAUGCUGACAUCCAGCUAGCUGUCCGAUCUGUUCUUUUUGCUGCUGUUGGUACAGCUGGUCAGCGUUGCACAACUUGUCGUAGGCUGCUUCUUCAUGAAAGUGUCUAUCAGAGAGUACUUGAUCGACUGCUUGAGGUAUACAAGCAAGUUAAAGUAGGGAAUCCAUUAGAAAAAGGCGUCUUGCUUGGGCCAUUACAUACUUCGGAAUCAAGAAACAAUUUCAAGAAAGGAAUUGAAGUCAUCAAAUCUCAGGGCGGAACAAUCCUCGCAGGUGGGAGUGUAAUAGAGUCUGAAGGGAACUUUGUCCAGCCUACAAUAGUUGAGAUUUCUCCGAAUGCAGGUGUUGUCAAAGAAGAGUUGUUUGCACCUGUUCUCUAUGUUAUGAAAUUUAAGACUUUACAAGAAGCAAUUGAAAUAAACAACUCAGUACCCCAGGGAUUAAGCAGUUCUAUUUUCACACGGAGACCUGAAGUUAUCUUCAAGUGGAUCGGGCCUCAAGGAAGCGACUGUGGCAUUGUGAAUGUGAAUAUACCAACCAAUGGUGCUGAAAUUGGCGGUGCUUUUGGCGGAGAGAAGGCUACAGGUGGUGGCCGUGAAGCAGGAAGUGACUCUUGGAAACAAUACAUGAGACGCUCGACUUGUACAAUCAAUUAUGGGAGCGAACUACCGUUGGCACAAGGAAUUAAUUUCGGGUAAGAGUGGGUAUAGUUAGUAUGCAAAUAAAUUUCCUUUGUAUCAGUAUAUUGUACUUAGAACCAGUAAUGGUUUUAAUUGAGUUGAAUAGAGAGUAUCAAUACAGAGCUAUUUUACAACCUGUAUCAGCCCUCUGGCUUAAGCUGAGUAGAUUGCUUUUUGUUGGACUUGGCUCAGCCAUGGUUCCCCCCACAGCAGAACAAUUUGAAUAAUAAUACAUUUCUUCCAUGUCUUUUUAACA